UGUGAGAGUAUUGAAGAAACAGAAAGUGGACAACAGAGCGACAGAGAAGUCCACAAGAAACAAUGCCGAACAAGGGAAGCUGACAACAUCUCUCUCUCUCUCUCUCUCUCACACACACACACACACACACACACACACACACACACAAGAGAAUGGCAUCUACAACUAGCUCUCAGGAAUACACACUGUGUCAACCAGAAGACACACUGUGUGAGAUCCGUAUGUACGAGCAGGAAGUGAUCAUCGUUCCUGUGCUGCUGUUGCUCAGUUUUGUCGUGAUACUCGCAAUCCUGCUGCUGCUGCGCUUUUGUCCUGAAAAAGCGCACAAAGUGCGUCCUAGAAACACGUUCCGGGCGAGCCGUGGCCCCACCAGAAUCCUCAACGGGAUCGAUGCUCCCCCGGGUCUGAAUGCUCUAGAAGGAGAGAGUAUAGCGCUGAAUUUCUCCCCGACUUACUCCACGUUUGCGUCAUCAGUUCGUGGCGGCGGACGUGAACACGGUAUCGAAAAUCCCGCCUUCGGUAAUGCUGCGUUGCUGAGCGCACGUGAUGCCCCGCGCCAGCGCCUGCCGGAGAAGUUCAAACUGGUGACGUCACUGCAGGGUUCGUACGCACUGAAGUCGGACAGCAGGGUGUCGCUCUACAGAGCACGCAUGGAGAACCGCAAUGUCGUGCUGCAUGUGCUCACAGACUCAGCGAGUGAGACUGAAUGCCAGUCCUUCCUCGGCUUUGCAUCCUUCCUGUCUCAGUUGGGUCCUCACCCGUUCCUGCCUGAGCUGAUUGGCGUCGUUUCACUCCGAGCACCGCUUAUCAUGGUCAUGGAGGAACUCGAGAACCAGGAUCUGCUCAGCUACCUGUGGAAAUGCAGACAGGCAGGACCUGACUCUGGUGCGAUGACUGAGAGGCAGAUCUUCACUAUGGCCUCGCAAGUGGCCUCCGCUUUGGACUUCCUGCACUCCAAAGAUCUGAUUCACGGAAACAUCAAAGCCCGCAGCGUAUUAAUUACCCAGAUGCUAACUGCUAAGCUGUGGGGUCUCAAUGACGUAUACACCAGGAAUACGUCCAGCUUAAAUUACAAAACCGGUCCCGGACAGAAAAAAUGGCAGGCACCAGAAAUCCUGGCUAACAGAGAGGCGAGCCAAAAGAGUGAUGUGUGGUCGUUUGGCCUGCUGCUGUACGAGAUGGUGACUCUCGGUGAGGUCCCGUUUGCUGAGGUUCCUGUUAAAGAGCUGCUGCAGUUUCUCCAGAGAGGAAAAUCACUGAAGAAACCACAUGGCUGCUCCAACUCACUCCACAGCAUCAUUAAAGGCUGCUGCCACUGGAAGGAACAAGAUCGCUUCUCAAUGGCCGAGCUCAGACACAAACUUCAAUCAGGAGAGAAGACCGGCAACGACAAAACGGUUCUCCGGGCAUCUCAGCCAAUCAACAUUCAGCAUUACCUUCAGGAGGCGGGAUAUGGCGAAGCCAUCAACUAUACCAUUUUCUGAAAAUCUUUACAGCCAAUAAGGACACAUUUGACCUCAGACCUUUUGUUUACUUCCUCAGUAAACCCAAAAUGAUGGUAUAGCCCUAAUCCACCACCAAUAGGACAAUCCAGUUAAACCUGCACCGUUGAAACAUGGUACAACCUGGAUUUCUACUGGUUUGCUCCUCCCAGUUCACAUAACAAUGGUGUGAACCAAUUUACUCUCCAGAAAGAUGGAUCCUCAGUAACAACAGCGCCCCCCCCACAGUACGUUGGUACAAUCCUGAUGAAUAUUAUUGCACUACAGUAUAGCAGUUUAUAUUAAUGAGUUUUACAGUGUUGUACACAUAUUUUUAAAUACAUCAGUCUGCACAGUGUUUCACAUAAUUAACGUUUAUUUUUUUUUAACUCUUUAAAAUUGUUGUUUUUGGUGUCAAUUUAAUUCAUUCCAGCUUUAGUAAAUCUAACAAUUGAUUCACGUUGUUAGUUUCUGCUUUUCUAAAUGGAUCAUGGAAAAAAAAAUAUCUAAACUGUGAACGUUUGUCUUACCUGAUGAGGCAGAAUAAAAGAAGACCAGUCAACAUA